AUGUCUGGUAGCAACAAGUACAAGCUGGGAACGCAAAAGUACUGGUGUGAUCGAUGCAAGAUAUUCGUCACAGACAAUAAGCCCAGUCGUCAAUUACAUGAAAAUGGAACAAAACACAAGCAAGCUGUUGAAGAGUAUCUACGCGACAUGCAUAAACGGGGUGAUCAAAAGAGAAUUGAAGAUCUCAAGACUAGAGAUAUGUUGCUACGUAUUGAACGGGCUGCUACACGUCAAUACGCUCAAGACAUGACUGAAUCGGCUCCCUCAUCGUCAGGCACAGCUACGGCACCAUCGUCUAUACCGCCAUCCAUGUAUCCCCGUGUUGGAGCAAUCACGAGUACAUAUAUACCACCACAACCAUCUGCACCAUCCUCCUCAUCCUCGAAUAUAGUGCCAACAGGAUAUACAGGUGGAAUACGGCUAGAAGAUAACAGUAUCCCCGUCGAAGUGGCUCCUGAUGCCGAUCAAGGUAUCGCUGGUGUAUGGACUUCAGUGCCUAGUCAUCAACAGGUGCUGCCCUCUACCCGUUCCGCAACGACAGUAAAAGACGAGUUUGGCACGGAUGAUGUAAAGCCAGACGUCACGAAUCUGAGAAAAGAAGCUGUUGAUGAGGACGAAGCUGGUGUUGAUUUUGAUGUUAUUAGUAGUUUGAAUUGGAAGGUUGUUGAGAAGGUGUUGAAUGUUGAUGAUGGUGUUGGUGCGGCGUAUAAUAAUGAGGAUGAGGAUGAGGAAGGGGUUGUUAAGGCGGCUCCUGCUUUUAAGAAGAGGAAGGUGGAUAAGCCGAGGAAUAUUAGAAAAAAGUGA